UCAGUUUCACAUUGCCGUUUACCGCCUUUCUGAUUUUGUCUCAAGCUCAAAACUCUCAGGUGCAAAACAUGGCGUCUACAGAUGUUGCUGGCGUGACUACGGGUCAACCAAAUUUACACAAACAGGAUUUGUCGAAACUGGAUGUAACGAAACUAACAGCCUUAUCCCCAGAAGUGAUUAGUAGACAAGCUACUAUUAAUAUUGGUACAAUUGGACACGUAGCUCACGGAAAAUCAACAGUAGUCAAAGCCAUUUCUGGAGUUCAAACAGUCCGAUUUAAGAAUGAAUUGGAAAGAAAUAUUACCAUCAAACUGGAAAAACUCCAGUUCGAUGGAAAUGGUUCAAUCAUCACAUGGCCGAAACAACUGAAAGGGAAAAAAGUGAGCUUGAAGAGAGCACUGGAAGAUUGUGAAAACUUUGAGGAGGAGCGAAAGGGAAUCAAAAGAAAAUAUGAACCAUCAAAAAUCAGGAAGUUACGACCUAAUAAGGCAAAUGCAACGUAUAAAAAAGAGUUUGUUGUUGAAAAAAUUUUAGCCCAAGAAUUUGAUGUAAGCACUAAACAGUUGAUGUUUUUAGUGAAAUGGAAAGGAUAUUCCAUGGUUCAUAAUACUUGGGAGCCACUAGAGCAUUUGACUCAUUGUUCAUUGCUUUUGACACAGUUUUUAGCAGAAUCUCUAGGAUCGCAAGUCUUGGAUGCACUUUGUGAUAAGUUGAAUAUUUCCAACAAACUGUCUGAACAGAAUCUUUUAGACAUGUUGAAAAUUGAUAAUCUUGACAACAUACCUGAUAAGCUUCACCUUCAGGAAAAAUUAUUAAGAGUGGUGGCCACACCUCCAAAAGAGAGGCAUAUUCAUAAACUGGAGGAAGGAAAAAAAGCAAUUUUAAUGUAUCAAUUACUGUUAAAAAGGGAAACACAACUUAAGAAGCUGAAGAGUUGGGAAGAAAUGAUCAACACUAUGGCAAAAGAAGAAGCAGCAAUUACUAUAGAAAAUAAAGUCGAUUUGGAAUGUCCUCCCGAAGGUUUUACUUACAUAAAUGAAUAUGUUGCUACAGAAGGCAUUGAUAUUCCUGUUGAGCCUACUUCAGGAUGUGAUUGUGAAGAGUGCGGGCCAAAAAUAAAAAAUUGUUGUGGAAAGCAGCCCCACAAUGGUUUCACAUUCAAAGCACGCGGUCGAAUAAAUGUGAAUCCUGGAAUAGCAGUAUAUGAGUGCAACAAGAAAUGUAAAUGUGAUGAGAACUGUAGAAACAGGGUAGUACAGAAUGGUCGUAAAGUGCCACUUUGUAUUUUCAGAACUGCCAAUGGCUGCGGCUGGGGAGUAAAGGCAAUGAGAAAAAUUCAUUGCGGAGAAUUUGUUUGUGAAUACGUAGGAGAAGUUAUAACCCAUGAGGAGGCUGAAAUCAGAGGCCGUACAUAUGACGAGGAAGGACGGACAUAUUUGUUUGAUUUGGAUUAUAAUUCCAAAGAUAAUCCCUAUACAGUAGAUGCGGCUAAAUUUGGCAAUGUCUCACACUUCAUUAAUCAUUCUUGUGAUCCAAAUCUCGGAGUGUAUGCAGUUUGGAUCAAUUGUUCAGAUCCUAAUUUGCCCAAGCUGGCACUUUUUGCCUUGAGAGAAAUUGAAAGAUAUGAAGAGAUUACUUUUGACUACAUGAUGAAUAUAGAUCCGGUGGUGCCAACAACUCCUGAAAAGUCCCGAUUUCUUCAUACUCCUGAUAAAAAUCAAGUCAUACAAAAUGGCAGAAGUAUUUGUAAAUGUGAAGCUGACUCAUGUUAUGCCAAUGCUAAAAUUUACCAUUGUGACAAUCCUAAAUGCCCACGACCAGUAUGUUUUACCUCUGGAAGUUCUUCCAAAGACGACAACUUUCCCUGUACGCGUCAAUCUUGUACCGGCCGUUUCCAACUGGUGAGACACGUCAGCUUCGUUGAUUGCCCUGGUCACGACAUUCUUAUGGCAACCAUGCUUAACGGUGCUGCUGUUAUGGAUGCAGCGCUUUUGCUUAUCGCAGGUAACGAAUCCUGUCCCCAGCCUCAAACUAGUGAGCAUUUGGCGGCUAUAGAAAUUAUGAAGCUGAAGCAUAUUAUAAUUUUGCAAAACAAGAUUGAUCUUGUGAAAGAAGGGCAGGCCAAAGAGCAGCAAGAACAAAUUGUAAAGUUUGUUCAAGGAACUGUUGCUGAAGGAGCACCCAUUAUACCCAUAUCGGCUCAGUUGAAAUAUAAUACUGAGGUUUUGUGUGAAUACAUUAUAAAAAAAAUCCCAGUCCCACUUAGAGAUUUCACAUCAGAACCUCGUCUUAUCGUUAUCAGAUCGUUUGAUGUCAACAAGCCUGGUUGUGAAGUGAAUGACCUCAAAGGUGGGGUUGCCGGUGGCAGUAUUUUGAGAGGGGUACUCAGAGUUGGUCAAGAAAUUGAGGUUAGACCAGGUCUGGUGAGCAAAGACUCUGAAGGAAAAUUGACCUGUCGUCCCAUCUUUUCAAGAAUUGUGUCUUUGUUCGCAGAACAAAAUGAACUGCAGUUUGCUGUUCCUGGGGGUCUUAUAGGUGUUGGUACGAAAAUUGAACCAACACUUUGCCGAGCAGAUCGUUUGGUGGGUCAAGUUUUGGGAGCUGUAGGUGCUUUGCCUAGCAUUUUCAUUGAACUUGAG